AGAAAAUGAUAAAUGACAGAUGCGUUCCGUUAUUGUGAAAGAUGUUAAUCUAUAUUUAUAUCCUGUUAGCGAAGAGUUUUCCUUUCAUUACGAGACGCCGAACCAAGCGUACAUGUGUAAUUUAACUAUCAUUUUCCGGUGUAAUUUUCUAAUAGCAAUUCUUAAAAUGCUCUCGUGUGUAACUUGUGCGACAUAUCGCAGAAUAAUAUCCUCGAGUUGCCGAUCAAAAAUCAGUAGCACGAGGUCGUCCAACGAUAGUUUCUUCGCAGUGAUUGCAUCAAUGCAUAAAGAUGUAUGAUAUUCUUGCACAAUGAACAUGCGACAAAGACGAUAGAAAAAAAAACCAUAAGUAAGAGAGAGUUCAACAAGAGUCAAUAUCGUCACUCGUUUGGCCGCGAGUGACCUCGAUCUUGCUGCCUUUCCUUUCACUUCAAAAGUACUUCUGCGAGCACUCUUUCUCGCAUCGGCAUGUGCGACGCCGAAGACACACGCAUAUCAUAACGAUAUUUCAGUUAAGUUUACAACGCUGAUCGGCGAACGCUGUUUGUCGAGUUGGUCCUCCAAAUUUCGCUUUCACGUAAGCCUAAGGAGCGCAUUUGUCAUACGACGUGAACUAUCUUUUUUGUCGUGAAGUUUUCUCAUUUUAUACUCGCCAAUUCGAUACACGUGCUUAUUCGAAAAAAAAAAACAAUUUAUUGAAGAAACGACAGUCCCAAAUAUAAUACCUGUGGAAGCUAACAAAGACAUGCUUUAGUGGAGCACAUAAGCGAUCGGUGUGCAUGCAAAGAUUUUCCUUUCAAAGUACUGACGAUGAACGUAAAGACCGCGAUAACACGAUCACUGCUCUUGCUAGUCUUCUACGAUGCUUCAAGUUUAAUCAUUCCUGAGGAAGUCCCAACGAUAUUGAGCCUGCUUUACUCGAAUAUACCGCCAGUCAAAAAAGGAACCGACUCAAGGUUUGGCAUAGGGUUUCGGCUAGGUGAGCACGCAGAUUUUCAAAUGCUGUUUGAAUUAGGUCCGCAAACUGAAACAGAUCCAAUAGGUACAUCAAGUGAUGCUAAAAGACGACGAGAUACAACGUUUAGUGCCGCAAUGAAAGGAGAGCUAGGACCAUUAGCACAAGCGGUAGCAAAAUAUCAAUUGGAGCGUAGACUUCAGAAAGAAAUGGAUAAACUCAAAGCAAUGGAAAAGAACUUAAAAAAAGUACAAGCAAUGAAUAAGUCGGAAAAUCAGGAUAAUAUUGCCAAUAAUUGGUUAACAAAAUGGAGGGAGGAGAUAUCGCAAUCAUCGGAACACAACGUGCAAUUAAGUCCAAUUCAAAAUAUAGAUGGUAAAAUAAUGCAACAAAGGAUAGAAAAACCACUAGUUAACUCUGGCGUUCAGAAGGACAAAGUAGAAGAGCUGACUAAGUUAUAUAAGUCACAAAAUAUAAAUAAAAAUUUAAAAACUUGAGAAAUUU